AAACCUACCAACCGCUGUUCUGUUUCAGUUAAAAGGUCACUGUCCACUGUCCCUAUCAAUGGCUUCAAAGACCCUUUAGUCUUUGAUUUCUUUUAUUAGUCUUUACUCAAUUCCACCUCCUGCCAUUACAGUCACCGCUCACCUCUCUCAACCAACAACUUCUCACCUUUUUCCGAUCAUUUCUGUUUUUUUUUUCUUUUGAUACAAUUUCAUGAUUUAUUAGCUCAGUUGGUGGGUAUGAAAAGAUUAUCAACAACUUCAAAAGGAAGAGGUGUAGAGAAAACUCAGUACAAGUACAAUGAGGAAGCUGUUGUUGAUUGGGAAAUGAGGCCUGGUGGUCUGCUUGUUCAGAAGAGAUCAUGGGUCAUGUCUGAGGCUGGUUCUGCUUCUGGUUCAAUGAUCAAGAUCAAGGUUUCUCAUGAUUCUUAUCAUCAUGAUGUCACUGUCCCUGCUCAAUCAACUUUUGGGGAUUUAAAAAGGGUUCUUGCCCAAGAAACCGGUCUAGAGCCUAAGGAGCAGAGAUUGUUGUUUAGAGGGAAAGAAAAGGAAGACGAUGAGUGUCUGCACAUUGCAGGUGUAAAAGAGAUGUCAAAGGUGAUACUAUUGGAGGACCCGGCUAGCAAAGAGAGGAAGCUUCAGGAAAUGAAGAAAAACCAAGGGAAUAUAAACGCAUUUGAACGUGUUGCUAGAAUUAGAUCAGAAGUUGGUAAACUCUCUGAGAAGGUUGUUGCUCUUGAGACGGCUGUGCAAAACGGCAUCAAGGUUUCGGAAAAGGAAUUGGUGGUCUUGACAGAGUUGCUCAUGGUGCUGUUGCUUGAACUGGAUGGCAUUGAGGCUGAAGGAGAGGCCAGAGUCCAGAGGCGUCUGGAGGUUCGUCGUGUCCAGAGUUUGGUGGAUGCACUUGACAAUCUGAAGGCUAGAAAUAGCAGUAAUUCCAAUUCAGUGUCGGUGACUACCAAAUGGAGGGCCUUGGAUUCAGGAGUUGGGAGCCUCAGUGCUCCAAAACCAUUACAAUCAUCAACUAAGAUUACUCAGGAUUGGGAACAGUUUGACUAACUGAAGAUCCCUCUCACUUUAUGGGGUUUUAUAAAAUCAUCAUGGAAGGCGCUUAAAUCUUGUUCAAUCCAUAAACACGUGUAAUCCCAUCUCCAACUCACACUACUCAAAUGCUUUCAAGUAAAUUGUAGCUCGAGAAGCCCAUUUGAGCAGCUUUCUUUGUUAUUCAGGUAGCCAAGUUGCUGCUUGAACUGAGAGAAAGAGACCUCUGUAAAUGUCGAGAGAUACUUCAGCUAUGUUAGUACCAAAAGGCUGGUUUUUGUUCAUAAAUUUCUGGUCUUUCUGAAAGCUUGAGCUGCCUUGGAUUUUCAAUAACUUAAUCAGUUUUAUGGGUAACAUUUACAGUAGCAGACCUCCUUUUGUUGCUUAAAAUCAUCCGAAAAAUCGGAGUUUUAACUUGGAAGGGGAACUGUCCAGUUUCGGAAGCAAAUAUUUCAUCUUGUUUCAGCCAGAAAACAGUGGAC